CGUUGUUCAGCAGAACGGACAUAGAGGUUGAUACAAGAGAGGGACGUGGAGGGUUUUACCCGAAGUGUUUUUCACAAAUGGGCCCCGUCGCCUAGCGCCUACUCCUCUGAGCCUUGCCCGCCGAGACCUUGAGCUGCUAAGGGUGCUGCUUUAACAUCGGCACUCGUCAACGAAGGUUUUUCCAUCACUGCUCUUGACGCACAAGAAGCUCAGAAGGAUGGCAGCCAUUCCGUCCAGCGGAUCCCUUGUUGCCGCCCAUGACUAUUACCGGAGGCGCAUUGGCUCCACCUCCAGCAACAGCUCCUGCGGCAGCUCGGAGUACUCCGGUGAAGUCAUUCCUCACCACCCAGGUCUGCCCAGGCAGGAUUCUGGCCACUGGUGGUCCAGCUUCUUCUUUGCCAAGCAGAACCAGGCUGGGAUGCCCAACUUGCCUGAAGCUCAACAGAAGGCAGGAGUGUUUGCUGUGAACAGCGGGCAGGGGACCUGUGUUGCCAGGGAGAUGGCGAAGAGGCAGCUCAGUGAGACCAGUGAACCUGGGAGGGGGGAGGCUGGGGGUGCACCCCCAACAUCUUGAACACCCACCCUGGGGGAUCAGCGCUAGGCGACGGAGGCGCCUUUUUAGCAGAAACGGGCUGCAUUUUUUUUUUUUUUUUUAUUGGGCAAAUUAAAGUUUGCUGUGUGUAACACCAUAGUGAAUUUGCAUUUGUAACACUUCCCACUUUGUUGUUCUGCUUUGGAGGACAUAAUUAAAGUAACCUUUGCAGCCUA